UUUUUGAAAGAUGUGAUGAAUUUUUAUUAGUCUUUGGACAAAUCCAAACCCGCAUGGAAUAUUUUUUUCUUUUCGACUGAGAAAACUGCGCGACCAAGUGAUAAAAUUGUAAGCUCUGGUUACAUGACCUAUUAGCACAUGACAGCCUCCGCACGCCUGCUCUUUUACUCUGUUCUCUCUAUCCACCGUCAAAACCACCGCGACCUCCACCAUUUCCUGCCGUUGAGUAGCGGUAUCACGGCUACGAAGACCCUUUGUUGCCGUCGGAGAAUCCGAUUCAGUUCUCAAAUGGCGUCCGGCGGAAUGCAAGCUCCUACUACGUCGACGCAGACAAUGAGAUUGCCGAAUGGAGAAUUCUUUGAGAUUUCAGCGGCUUCGGGCGUCUCCGAAUCGGAGUUCAGAAUCGCCAUUGAAUCGGCUUUGUUCAAACAGUGGCUGAAGAAUAUGCAGAGUGAAAAAGGUCUUCUAGCUGGUGGACAAAUGCAUCUGCAGCAUGUCGAAGUUCAGGGAAUUGAUAUGUUCGGAAACAGUAUUGGCUUUUUAAAAUUCAAAGCUGAGGUGUUUGACAAACAAACUGGGAUGAAGGUACCAGGAAUUGUGUUUGCGAGAGGGCCAUCUGUUGCUGUGCUGAUUCUUCUCGAGUCUGAAGAGGAUACUUUCGUUGUACUUACAGAACAGGUUAGGGUUCCUGUUGGAAAGUUAAUUUUGGAGUUACCAGCUGGAAUGGUUGAUGACGAAGGAGGUGAUGUUGUUGGCACUGCAGUUCGUGAGGUUGAAGAGGAGACAGGUAUAAAACUGAAUGUGCAGGAUAUGGUGAACCUGACAGCAUUUCUUGAUCCCACAACCAGUUGCAAAGUUUUCCCAUCCCCGGGUGGUUGUGAUGAGGAGCUUAGUCUUUUUCUUUACAAAGGAAAUGUGAAGAAGGAAAUCAUUAAAGCAUUGCAGGGGAAAGAAAUGGGCCUGCGUGACCACGGUGAACUGAUUAAGGUACAUGUCGUUCCCUAUGAUAAGCUUUGGCGUAUCACAGCGGAUGCAAAAGCUCUAUCUGCUGUUGCAUUAUAUGAAAUGGCUAAAAGAGAUGGUCUUCUCUAGUAAGGAAAUGCAUAAGAUGGUUUUGUUUGAUUUUUCUUUUCCCUAUAAUGAACUAAUUAAGUUGUUUGUACAAUUAAAUAUUUUAUACAAUGAAAUUAAUGUGGUUUGAGAAAUACAAAGAUGAAUUGCUGCUA